AUGGGCGGAGGCAGCAACGCGGACAGUCGUUUUAAGGGCAGCAGCUGGCUGUCUUUCUUUGAGCGAAUAUCGAGAGAGAAAUUCAUUUCGAAGGAAGACGCAGAGACAAUCACCAACACAAUGGCUGUUGAAGGCCAAAUAGCAUCUGCAGUGAAGACCGCAAUUCGUCAAAAAAACUUGUGCGCGUUGUGCUGUCUAUACAGCUCCUUGCCCUUGUCGCGGCUUGCUGAGGCUCUUCAACUAACAGAAGAAGAGGCUGAAGAGUUCGCCUUCGACUUGUUGGCCUCGGAAAGAAUCAAAGGGCGAAUUGAUGGAGAGCGGCGAGUGCUUCGCGUCUUUAGCGCAGAAACGGAGUCUUGUAGGUGGGGCGACUUCGCAUUAAAUCUCUUCACCGAUUUACACCGCCUUGCAGAGGCCCUCGACAGCUAA